AACAUGGAGUUCCUGACCAAACAUACAUGGAGUUCCUCGACGAAGAGAGCAGGCCCAGGUUCCUCUUCCAGUCUCGCCCAAUCCUUUCUUCGCCGACCAAUUCACAAAGCCACCAAAAACCCAGUAAGCCAUUCUUCUUCGUCACAAUUUCUAUCUCCUCCAUUCUCCUCCUUCUCUCCCUUCUCUUCCUCCAAUCAGAACCCUUGAAAUCCCUCCUCUUCUGGGUCUCCCUCUCCCUCUUCCUCGGUCCAUUUGCCCCCGCUUCCCUCACCGGUGGUGACGUCCACGUCGGUCAAGGCCCAAUCGUCGUGUUCCCUCCCAAUCAAGAACCCGAAACAUUGGAGGAAACCAACAAGCGGGUAUCCCAAAAGAGACAGAAACCGCGUAGAAAUGAAGGAAUUUUGGGUGUGAAUUCGGUGGUUGCGGUGGAAAAGGAUAAUGGGUUUGCGAGAGAAGAGAAGGAGGGUGGGGAAAAUGGAGGGAGUGGAGGUGGGUUUGGUGUGGAGGAAGAGAAAGAGUGGACUGAGGAGGAUAUUGGGGUGUUGAGGAAGCAAUUGGCUAAGCAUCUGGUGGGGAAGCCGGGGCGGUGGGAGGUGAUAUCGGAGGCGUUUAGAGGGAGGCAUAAGGUUGAUAGUGUGAUCAAGACGGCGAAACAGUUGGGGGAGAGGAAAGUGGAUGAUGGGGAUUCAUAUGCCCACUUUUUGAGGAAGAGGAAGCCAGUGGAUAAGCGAGCCGAUGCUGGGAAUGGAGGAUUGGAUGGCAGAGUGGUGGAGAAUGGUGAGGCUAUGGAAGAGAGUGGUGGUGGUGGUGGUGGUGAAGGCGGGGUGGGGUGGAGUAAUGGGGAGGAUAUUGCAUUGCUUAAUGCAUUAAAGACGUUUCCUAAAGAGGUGGCGAUGAGGUGGGAAAAGAUUGCAGCUGCUGUGCUGGGGAAGUCGAAGGCGGCUUGUAUGAAGAGAAUUGCUGAGUUGAAGAGGGAUUUUCGGAGUGCGAAGGCUGCUACAAAAAACCUUACAUUUGGAUGCGUGUCUAUAGUACCGGUUACUGUAGACAUGCGUCCAAUUAGCCACAUGUAUUUUUGA